AAUGGAAUUUCAUCAUUAUUUUUUGGAUCAAGUAGGUGAUGCCAAACUGUCAUAGUAGUUUCGGGCAUUGAGAAUCCAAACCUCAAACCGUUUAGACCCGAUGAACAUUAAAUAAGAAAAAUCUAUCAGAACAAAUUGACAAAAGAGUGAAUGAAAAUAAAAAGGUUUUAAAUCCUAAACUAUCGCCACAAUUUUUUGAAAGAGAAUGUCCCAACAAACGCACAUUCGUGAGCUGAGCUCGGAGGAGAAACUUUGCUUGGACCAGUGGCUGAGGGAGCAGGGCAUCACCCUGGACCUACGUACGCGUCGCUACUUCUCCGAUGUCCUGCCGGUCGCCAAAAUUGUGAAGAAGUCGCACGGCCGUCUGGUGGAUCUGCACCAUUACAUGUCCAAGAGCAGUCUGACGCUGAAGCUCCAGAACUGGGAGAUCUUUAACAGCAAGGUGCUGAAGAAGUUGGGCUUGAAUAUGUCGCGAUCCACCUUGGAGCAGGUGGCCAGCGCCACCCCUGGAGCCAUCGAGGUUCUCUUCUAUGAGCUGAUGUCGGUGACGAAGUCAACUAGUCCUCGUCCCAGUGCCGUGAUGAAUGCACCGCGCACUCGAUACUUGCGGAAUCCGCCCAUGAAACUAAACAAGGAGAUCGACCAUGAGAUCAAAUCCCCAAAGAUUAAGAACCGGGAUCGCCCCCUCAACCGAUCCGAGACCCAGGUGAUCGAACGCACUAGCGAUUUACCCCCGGAAGUGGUCACCAUGAACGUCAACCUCCUUGUGGACGGAAAGAUACAGAGUGUGCCCCGGAAACUGGUGUUCUACGAGAAAUACACUGCAGCCCUGCGUGAGUCUGGGGAGAAGGACAACUACAUCAAUUCGAUCAACCAGAAGGCACAGUAUCUGGAGAGCAUAAUCACGGUCAAGGAGGAACGCAUCGCCGAACUGAUGGAGCAGCUGGGAAAACUCUCGGAUCAAUACAAGUACCCCUACCCAUAUUAAAAGCCCGUCCGAGCCCAAGUACACUUCCUAGUCAGGACCAGGAUGGGAGCCUGACCCGAAAAACGAAUCCGAUGAAGCCCCCCCAAGUUAGCCCAACAUACAAUUGCCCGAAUUCCAUUAUGGGACUCAAUUGUGAGUUCCCGUUCGAUUCCCCUUGUGACCAUUACCACCAAAAGAUGACUGAC